AUGUUUUUCUCUACCGAACUGUUGUCCAAGAGGGAUAGCGGAUUCGGUCUUCUUUGGCUGGCCGCAACGCUUGGCUCGAAAUCAGCUUUUAAGAAAUUACCCAAGCGCUCCGUGUUGACUGCAGAUAUAUCUCAAUUGUGUGAUCUGAUUGCUUCUCCUUCGGAACCUCUUGCACUUCGGCUCUCAAGCAACUUGAUGGUCGGGGCUGCACGUGUAUAUAAAGUCAAGCAGGAAAUUUUUCUUUCUGAUGUAACGACUUGCUUCAACUCCCUUAAGCGAGUCGUGCAAGAGUUCCAUUCGAUGGCUGCGUCCGAAGCCCGGCUUCAGAUGGCUCAGCCGAGUGUGAGGCCAUCAGCUGUCACCCUUGCUGCUGAUCCUGGCGCUGGAUUUGGCAUGGAUUUUGACGCAAUGGUCGCUGUACGUUUCUGCCUAUCUUUUUACAACAAGGGAGCGGAAGGGGGCUCAUCCGAUGAUGAGUACAAUCCCAAAGCCAAGAGACCAAAAGGAAAGGGCAAGCAGUCUGCAGUUGCACCGGCUUCCACCGCGGAAAACGCCCGUGCCAAUGCGCAUACACUCAACGAAAACCACGACAUUUUCCUCGCCAAUUCUUUCGAUGCCUCAUUUGGCGGCAGCGGCGCCAACAUGAUCCCAUCUUCCCAGAAUGAUAACUUUGGCUUCGACGAGAGUUUCUUCGGCGCAUUUGAUGGCCUGGAUAUUGGGGAGGGCGUCGGUGAUGACGUCGUAAGGGAACUUGGUGAAGGUUGGGGAGGAGCCGCCUUGGAGAAUCAAAUUGAGUUGGAUGAACCGAAUGACUUCGGGUUCAACGACGCAGAUAACCUAUAUUUCGAGCACGAUGUCCCUAAUGACGAUGUCGGUGCAUUAGAGCAGAAUAUCUUGCCACUUCCUCCGUCAGCUUUUGCAACACCUCAAGGUGCCCUUCCUCCCUCAUCAUCCCUCACCGGACACUCGGUCGAAUCCCCCACUGGUCCCUUGGCCGUAAUUGCCCCUCAGACUGAUGGCAUUGAGCCCAUUGCACCUGACUAUCAUCCGGCUGAACCCGCGCCUAAGAAGAUCAAGCGGGCCAGGCUUCUUUUGGAUGUGCGAACGGAGUUGACGGAUGACGAAUUAAAGGCUGCACGUCUGCAUUAUCUGGAAGAGCAGAAUGGCAUUCAUCGACAACUCGCGCGGAAGAAUUUUGAAAAGGAUCAAGGCAGGGUCAUCGAUGGUUUGCUUUGGGGUGUUCCAGAACACAUGCAAGCCAAAGAAUUAGUGGACUUUUGGCUGGAUCAUUUGAGGGCACAAUUGGAUGCUCGAUCCGCAUUUAUGAUGGAACCCCAAGUUGAGAACUCGAAAGUCCGCCCUGGAAGUCCUACGUUCAGUAUAGGCCAGGCGAACCUAGAUGACAUGAAUUUCGAUGCGGGUGAAGUGAACUUUGACAUGAAUUUCGACAUGGGUGGUAAGUUAUUUUGGUACACCAUGGAUGGCUGUGACCCACCAUCUCCACCUCCUUCAGAUGGCUGGGGUGGCGCAGACGAUGCGGGACCUGAAUUGAAUAAUCUGCGCUCGUCCGAGGAACCAGGACAAGCACGUCAUGCGUCUCGCCCAGCGUCCUUGCUGGGUGACCAUUUCGGCCUGGAUGUCGUGCAGAACUCCUUCUCUCAGCGUAGUGCACUCUUCCCUUGGGAUAAUGCGGGUGGAAGCUCUUCGAUAUCUGGUGCAGCACUCCUUGGUCGCCAGAGCAGUGACAAAAUCAGUGUUGACCACGCUGAGACCCGCAUGAGGGGCAGCUCACUAAGCCGACGAGGAAGUUCUCUUCCAAGUCAACAAGGUGACGUAUUUGGUGGUGCCGGAGGUUUCCCUGCGAGCAUCAAUGAGAGUCCCCAGAUAAACGACGACGAUUUUGUAUUCAAUGUCCCAACAGGUAUUUCUGUGGUCGAAUCUCAAUUGUCUGAGGUCAAUUUCGCGACCCUCGAGAGAAACUCUUUCAACUUCCUUGAAUACGCUAAGAUGCAAUUCAAAUCUCUGUCUGGGUAUGCUCGAUUUCUCGCCUUUGACGAUGUUGUGCCGCAGACCACCAGCACUGCACACGUCGCAGCAGCAGCUCUCUACCACUGUCUCGUGUUAGGCACAAAGGACCUCAUCCAACUUCGUCAAGAAGAGGCGUACGGUACCAUUGAAAUCCGUAUCAAGUGA